CCCUCCUCUCGUGACUUUUGACCUUGAGCAUCUGAGUGACUUGCGUGACUUGAUCUGAAUUGAUUUCUUUUUUCUUUCACUUCACCUCGUACCAAUAGACACUUCACAUCAUGGCCACCUUCACCCGCAUCCCCGACGAGGACCGUCCCUCCAUCACCGUUGACCCCUCGGCCGUCAUCUCCAAGAUCGAGGACAACACCUACGGCGGCUUCACCGAGCACAUGGGCCGCUGCAUCUACGGCGGCAUCUACGAUCCCGGAAACCCCCUGUCGGAUGAGAACGGCUUCCGCACCGAUGUCAUCGACGCCUUCAAGGAGCUGCGCGUGCCCGUCGUCCGCUAUCCUGGAGGCAACUUCGUCGCCACCUACCACUGGCUGGACGGCGUCGGCCCCAAGGAAAGCCGUCCCCCGAGACCGGAGCUGGCGUGGAUCGGCACUGAGAGCAAUGAGUUUGGCACAGACGAGUUCAUGAAGUGGUGCGAGGUUGUAGGGACCGAGCCAUACUUGUGUCUCAACUUUGGCACUGGAACUCUCGAUGAAGCCCUCGGCUGGGUCGAGUACUGCAACUCCGACAGGAACAGCUACUACGCCAACCUGCGCCGCAAGAACGGCCGCGAGAAGCCUUACAAUGUCAAGUACUGGGCGCUGGGCAACGAGUGCUGGGGCCCGUGGCAGGUCGGCCAGUUGACCAAGGAGGACUACGCCAAGAAGGCCUACCAAUGGGCCAAGGCCAUCAAGCUGCUCGACCCGUCUGUCGAGCUCAUCCUCUGCGGCGAGACGGGCCACAGCAAAUGGGACCAAUACGUCAUCAACGAGUGCAUCAAGUUUGAUCUCCAUGGCCUUGGCGGCAGCACUACUGCCAGCCUGAUUGACAUGCACAGCAUCCACAUCUACACAGCCAGCUCCGACCACAACAAGAAUGCCACGGCACCUCGGUCCGCGGAGCGAGCCAUCGAGAUUACUGCUGGCAUGAUUGAUGUGGCGCGCAUUGAGAACGGCGUCCCUCCCACUGUGCGACGACAGAAGAUCUGCUUCGAUGAGUGGAACGUCUGGGAUCCCGUUCGCGCUCCCGGUGAAGAGGGUGCUGAGGAGAAGUACACUCUCUCAGACGCCCUGGCCGUCUCCGUCUGGCUGAACGUCUUCGUCCGCCAGUCGAAGCACAUCGGCAUGGCCACCAUCGCGCAGUCCGUCAACGUCAUCUCGCCCCUGAUGACCACCAAGGACGGCAUCCUCAAGCAGUCGACCUACUGGCCGCUGCUGCUCUUCAGCAAGUUCAUGCGCGGCUCCACCAUCGCCGUCAACGUGCGCUCCGGCGAGUACCUCGGCGCCACGGAGCCCGCGUGGAUCCGCGGCGCCAUCGAGACGCCGUGGCUGGACGUCAGCGCCGCCGUCGAGGACGGCGUUGUGAACCUGGCCGUCGUGAACAUCCACGAGGCCAAGGACUUUGCGACGGAGCUGCGCGGUGUAAGCGGCAAGGACGUCGAGGUGCACAGCGUCAGCGGCGCCAACGUCGCCGUUACCAACACGGACGAGAAGCAGGAGGUGGGCAUCCAGGAGUCCAAGUGGGACGGCGAGGGUCUGUUUACGUUCCCCAAGCACUCGCUCACCAUCUUGCGAUGGAAGCUGUAACGGGCGGGUGUUCCGGAUAGCGGUUUCGACUGUCUGUAACCCUUGGGGUCCUUCUAUGGUCUGGUCGUUGGUGGUAUUUGGAGCGGCUCGUUUAACAGGGUUCCGCGAUGGGUUUUUCUGGUUGGCAAUUUAGUUUAGAAGGUUAGGGUUACGAGUACGAAACUGCGAAAUGAUUGAUGAAAUUGG